AUGUCCGAACCUACAGCAACCCAACACCAUCCCAAGUUCCAAAAUCGCAAGCCAGAGCAAGAUGCCGUCGACUACGAAAUGCAGACAUAUACGCGCGGACUGGACUUUGAACGCCCACCGCUCACCUUCCAGGCUGACAAAUGGGAAGAGCUGGCCUGCAGUCGCAUGUCAGCCGACUCAAAAGGCUACGUAUAUGGAUCCGCCGGCGUACGGGAGACCACAGACAAGAACCGCGGUGCCUUUAGAAGAUGGUCGAUUGUACCCAACCGCCUAGUCAAGUACGACGGCUUCCCUGACCUGACAACCGAGAUCUUUGGGGAGAAGAUGGUAGCACCCAUCGCCAUGGCGCCCGUCGGCGUACUCAAAAUCUUCAACCCAGAAGGCGAGGUUGCGGCUGCAAAAGCAGCAGCCAAAGAAGCUAUCCCGUACAUCCUGAGUACGGCAAGUAGUACGAGCAUAGAAGAUACCGCUGCAGCCAACGGCCCCAACAGUCAACGCUGGUACCAACUCUACUGGCCGUCACGCGAACACGACGACAUCACCAUUUCGCUACUUGAACGCGCAAAGAACGCCGGUUUUACAGCUCUGUUCGUAACUCUAGAUACGUACAUCCUCGGAUGGAGACCCGAAGACAUGGACAACGGGUACAACCCCUUCAUGCGCGCCGACCGCACAGGCGUAGAACUUGGCAUGACGGAUCCUGUGUUCCGGAAACAGUUCAAAGCGAGACAUGGCGUGGAUGUGGAACGCAAGAUGGAGGCUGCGGCGCCAGAAUGGAUGAGGACGAUUUUCCCGGGCGAGAGCCAUAGUUGGGAGGAUGUCGAGUUUCUUCAGAAACACUGGGAUGGGCCGAUUGUGCUCAAGGGCAUUCAGAGCUUGGCUGAUGCGAAGAAGGCGGUGGAAAUUGGCGUGCAGGGCGUCGUUGUGAGCAACCAUGGGGGCAGGCAACUCGAUGGAGGGAAUUCGUCGUUGGGCGUGCUGCCACAUAUUGUUGAUGCCGUUGGGGAUAAGAUGACAAUUUUCUUCGACAGCGGGAUACAAUCGGGUGCUGACAUUGCCAAGGCCAUGGCGCUAGGAGCCGACUGCGUGCUGGUUGGUAGGCCGUAUGUGUAUGGUCUGGCGCUUGGAGGAGAGAAAGGCGUGGAGCAUGUGCUCAAGAGUCUGCAUCACCACCGAACGAGUCCAAGUUCUGACUGGCUCAACAUGACCGAACUCGAACUACGACUUGCGUUGCUGAGAUCUCGCAGCCUAAUGGUACCAACCACGGAUCCAAAAACAAGCAAGCGGCCCACUGAGGAGCCAUCAUCCGAGCCCUCGUUCAAGAAGAGCAAACAUACCACUGAGACUCUCGCCAAACCCCAGUUUUAUGCACACCCUACCGUCCAGCGCGAGUUCUUCCGCAUGAAGGCCAAACUCGAAGAAAAGGACCAAGAGCUCGCGGCCGAGAAGGCCAAGUCACUCGAAAACAGCAACGAAUACCGCAGCCAGAUUAAGCUUCUCCUUAGUCAUUACUACUCCCUGACCAACCGUACCAACGCUGUUCUCGCCUCCCACGCCACCCUUCAAGCCGCAUAUCGCGACCUGACGUCCGAGCUAGGCGCACACAAAGGCGCCCUCGAACUUACUAGAGAAGAGCUCAAAGAGUCUCGCAAGGAAGCCAACAUCUUCUACAAGGCCAUUCUGAAACAAGACGAAGAUUACAAGCUGGUAAAGGAGCAGUUGGAAGAAGCAUAG